AACCAUAACAACUGUACACAUUUUCUUUUUGAAAUGCACAGUGCCCGCAGAAAAAGUAUUUAAAAAAAGGAUAUUGUUGAUAUUUAAAUUAAUUGAAUGUCUUGUGCGGAAUGUACUUACAUACCGCUCUUCAAAAAAAUUGAUUUUAUUUGUCAGCAUUUGAAUUUGUUUAAAUCAAUUAGAAAUCAAAAGCUGUCAACAUAGUGUCGGCAACUUUUAAGUGAAAUUGUUUAGUCCUUAAUUGAUAUUUGAAAGCAGCAAUAUUAUAAGGUUUAUUUCCUUUUUAACGGAAAAGAAAGUGAAUCAAAAUGAGUCGGUUAUAUGAUACGGUGGAGCCAGCUGUUAUAGAUGAGGAAAUGCUGAAGAAAGCAGUAGAAGAACAGGGACCAAAAGAAGAAGCCGGGAAGAUAGCAAAACAAGAGGGAAUCGACUUUGGUGAUGUUCUAUCUCUGCGACUGGAUUUCCUAAAUAUUUUGAAAAUUGAUAACCUGUGGGAAUUCACAAAGCUUACCAAAUUACAGCUGGACAAUAAUAUUAUUGAAAAAAUUGAAGGAUUAGAGAGUUUGGUCAACUUAGUUUGGUUGGACUUGUCCUUCAACAACAUAGAGUGUAUAGAUAACCUGGAAACCCUGACCAAACUGGAGGAUCUAACCCUGUAUAGUAACAGAAUCUCCACUAUAGACAACAUGGACACUCUCCUAAACCUCCAUGUCCUCUCCCUGGGCAGAAACCAACUCACAGAUCUAGAGAAUUUGAGGUACCUAAGAAGAUUCAAAAACCUGAAGACAUUAAACUUAUCAGACAACCCUUUCUGUAAACAAGAGGAAUAUAAACAAUAUGUGAUAGCAUUUUUGUCAAAUCUGGAAUUUUUGGAUUACAGACUUAUUGAUCAGCAGUCAAGGGAUGCUGCAAUAGAAAAAUACCAGGUCUCCAGAGAUGAGAUGCUUCACAAUGAGAGACAGGCAGAACUGAAAAAAGAGGAGGAGGUCAAAAGAUUACAGGAACUGGAGAAACACAAGAAUGCCUAUGUAGAGCUGAUGAAUGGACCAGAUCUAUUUGAACAAAUGUACGCUGAGGACAAGGAGGGACAGAAACUGAACGAGAUGCCGGGCCUGGAGGAUCAGCUCCACAGCUUCAAAGAGAAGUUUAUGCAGUACUGUAUGCAGAUCUUUGAGUUUGGUAUCGGUGAGCACGAGAAGCGGGAGGAGGAGGUGAAGAGUUUCUGGGAAUGUGUGGAGGAGGCCAAGCAGGACAACAAGAGGCUCGGGAUGAAGUACAAUGAGGAGUUCACAGAGAUGAAGAAGAAGAUGAAGUACAUCGAGGAGUUCACCGAGAUGAAGAAGAAGAUGAAGUACAACGAGGAGUUCACCGAGAUGAAGAAGCAGGAAGUAAUUAAAGAAUUUGAGAGAAAUAUGCAGGACAUGGUAGGCUCAUUUGUGGAGAAUGUCCAAGCUCUUCUUUCUCAAUGCCGAGACCUGGAAAACAAUCACCACGAAAAAAUGAUGGAAAUUGCCAUUGUCACUCUUGAAAAAGUCAUAAAAAAUGAACUGGAUGAUGAAAUAUCUGAUGAUUUAAAAAUGUUACUUGUGGACAAAGACACAAUCAUCAAUGCUGUGUCCUCCUCACACGACGUCCACCUGCUGAAGAUAGACAAUAAAGAGGAUGACAUGGUGACUCGGAUUAACCAGUGGCUCAAAAACAUGAUCGAGCAGAUUCACCAGGAUGAGGAGAUCACCCGUAACAGAAUGCGCGUCUCAGAAAUUAACAAUCUUAUUGACCACCUGCGGGAGGAAAUGGACAAUCUCGAGGUGAUGCAGAACUAGGCAGUGUGUGUCUAAAGCUUCCCAGACAGACUUAUCCUAAAGCAAGUCAGACAGCCUGAUUUAAAUGCCUUGUGAUUGGAAGAAAUGUAUUUUUCAAUCUAUGGACUUUACAUGCAUUAUGUUGUUGGACUAUAUUGGACUUUCAAGUUUUGUUUACAAGUUCUAGAGGACUACAUCAAAUUCAGUGCUUUAGUGUAGCCUAUAACUGUUAUGUACAAAAGGUACAUGUAUUUAUGAGAGAUGUGUGAAGUACUUAACUAAUAUCUGAAAAUCUGUGAUAAGGAAAAGUUAUAAAUAAAAUAUUGAUAAUUGUU